GAAAUUCCAAUUAAAAUCAUUAAUCUAUCACUUAAUUUCAUCUAGUGAGCGCGUGAUAAUCACGUGCUCAAGGCUAAUCCGACUCCUCCCACACACACUGACAUUCUGGUUCGAGGGAGAACUGUUUUAGAACUGCGAUGCGAAGCACGUUUUUUUUUUGUUGUGUGUGUCCGUAAAUAUUUUGUGUCCAUAUGUUUGUGAUUGUGAAUAAAAUUUAAUAUUGAAUGUUUCACUCUCAACUGCAAUUAUUUAUAUGAUUUAUAGAAGUCUAUGGAUUAAUACGAAGUGUUCCCGGCCUUUUGGUGGAGGUAAGCUAUCUCCUUUAUGAUAUCUUUUGGUAAUACCCAAAAUCUGGCAUCCCUGCCGGGAUCAGAAUAGACAUACAUAGACUUAAGAAAUUAGAAAGACUAGAAUAGAACUUUAUUAGACUUUAUGAAACUUUAUACGAAUUAGAUAUGUCAGUUGAGAGUGUUAGAAAAUUACGAACGCCAGCGAGAAGUAAUUUCUCAAAGGCAUUGAAUAAGGCGUUAGAUUUAUUGAAAGAAAAUGAAAAUGAUCCCGAUAUUUUGGCCACACAAAUUGUUCUUUUAGAACAGAAAUACAAAGAAUUGAAAGAAUUGGAUUUUAAACUUUUAUCCAUUUUAAGUGAUGAUCAAACAUGCUCGCAAGAUAAUUUUGAUUUAGAAUAUGACGCAAUAACUGUGUACGAAGAUAGAUUUCUAGAAACCAGUACUAAAUUAAAGAGACGUCUGAAUAUUAUAGAAAAACCGAAAAUAGAAGAACCCGUGUUAAAAAAUUCUACUGAAAAUAUUAAUUCGCCGCGCAAGUUCAAACUUCCUGAAUUAGAAUUGAAACAAUUUAAUGGAAACAUUAAGGAAUGGCUUCAGUGGUGGGGGCAAUUCAAAAAAAUACACGAAGAUUCGGACAUUGAGGAUGACGAUAAGCUACAGUAUUUAAUUCAAUCAACUGUAAAAAAUUCGGCAGCGAGACAAUUAGUAGAAUCAUUUCCCCCCUCAGGAAAAAAUUAUGAAGAAAUUAUUAAAUGUUUAAAACAGCGUUUUGGGAGGGAUGAUUUGUUGAUUGAAGUUUAUAUUCGAGAACUUCUUGCUUUAGUAAUAAAUAAUUCAAAUCCUCAAGGUCAAAAGUAUUCCUUAGUCAGAUUGUACGAUACAUUAGAAGGCCAAUUGAGAUCUCUUAAAUCUUUGGGUGUAGCGAAAGAUAAUUUUUCCGCUAUUUUGUUAUAUCCCUUGAUUGAGUCAUGUUUGCCAAGCGAUUUAUUGAAGAUAUAUGAACGGGCGCAAAGUGAAUUAAAAACAGAGAUUUCUGGAAAUGAUAGAUUAGCUAAUCUCUUAAAUUUUUUGAAAAAGGAAAUAGAAUCAGAACAAAAAUUAUUGAUAGCUCGUUCCCCUUUCGGAUUAGAAAAUCAUAACAGAAAACCGAUGACUCACCACUUCCAGAGGAAUAAGAUAUCUGCCGCUGAUUUAAUUAAUAGCUCAAAACAAAACGUUUCACAUCUGGCAAAUUCGAAAGUGGAUGAGUGCGUAUUUUGUAAUAAAUCCCAUUUAAGUCAAGAUUGUAGAUAUGCUAUGAAUUUACCAUUUGAAAAAAAGAAAGAAAUACUUAUGGAGAAGGGUAUCUGUUUUCGAUGCUUAAGUUAUAAGCCUAAUAGACAUAUUGCGCGCUUUUGUAAAAAUAAAGUUAAUUGUUUGAAAUGUAAUGGGCAACAUUUGUUAAUUAUGUGUAAAAUGAAUGAAGAAUUUCAUGGCAAUAAAAUUAAUGAAAAGGGGUCGGAAGAAAAAGUCGUUACGGAAAGCUCUUUAACUAAUACUACAUGCAUGCGUCAGGUUUAUUUACAAACAUUAGUAGUACAAAUACGAGGGGAUAAUAAAACCAAAUUUAUUCGGAUUCUCAUUGAUACGGGUUCGCAGCGAUCGUACAUAUCGAAAUACGCUGCAACGUGUAUGGAAUAUGAUGUUAUCGGUGAAGAAUCUAUUUUGCAUUCUCUUUUUGGGGGUGUUAAAAAGGCAGAAAAUCAUAGAAGAUAUUUAGUUCAUAUAAGUAAUGUAGAUAAUAGUUUUCAUUGUAAUUUUGAGGUAUUGGAUCAGGAAGUAAUUUGUUCUAAUAUUUCUAGAAUAAAUUUUUUCCCUCAUAUAAAAGAACUUAAAUCUCGUAGCAUAUUUUUAACUGAUACUACACAGGGUUAUAAUGAUCAGUUGUUGUAUCAAUCUUCUCCCUUAGAAAUUCAUUUGCUAAUUGGGGCUGACAUCGCUGGCAAACUGCUCAGUGGGGGAAUCGAGGAACUUAGUUCAGGAUUGGUUUGCGUAGGAACUAAAUUAGGUUGGACUCUAAUGGGAAAGAAUAAUAAGGCAGAAGAACAAGAUAGUACAAAUACCGUCCUAUCUUGUCAUGUAAAUGAUGCGAAUAUUUCAGAUUUAUGGCGGUUAGACACACUUGGUAUUGCUGACCCCAGUGAGAAAAAAACUAGGGUAGAAUUAGAACAAUCGGCGAAAGAGCAUUUUUUCGAACUGUAACUAGAGACUCUGAGGGGAGGUAUCAAGUUCGAUUGCCCUGGAUUGAUGGACAUCCCCCUUUAAAAAAUUGUAAGGGUAUUUCUGAGAAAAGACUCGAAAAUUGUGUAAAAUCCCUUAAGAAAUUAGGCAAAAUUACUGAAUACGAAACAAUUUUUGAUGAAUGGUUAGAUCAGGGUAUAAUAGAGGAGGCGCAUUGUUCUGAACCAGAACACUAUUUACCUCACCGCCCUGUUUUUAAAGAAAAUUCGACAACGAAGGUUAGACCCGUCUUUGAUGGCUCCGCUCGAGAUAAAGAGUCACCUUCUAUCAAUGACUGUUUAGAAAAGGGCCCCAACUUAGUAGAACUUAUACCUUCUGUCAUAAACAGGUUUAGAAUAGGAAAAUAUGGAGUUGUGUCAGAUAUUGAAAAGGCAUUUUUGCAAAUCGGACUCCAUGAACAAGAUAGGCCUUACUUAAAAUUUUUAUGGUGGCAGAACGGUAAAAAAGAACAUUCGAGAAUUUUUCUGCAUAAAAGGGUUGUUUUUGGAGUAUCCUCGAGUCCUUUCUUAUUAGGAGCUACUCUUGAAUUCCAUUUGAAUAAUGUUUCUUCUGAAUAUAAAGAAACAUCUCAAAAACUUUUGAAAUCCUUUUAUGUAGACAAUUGUGUACACAGUGUUGAAAAUAAAGAAGAAUUAGUUAAGUUUAUUCAUGAAUCACAAGAAAUUC